CUUCUCACCGGCUCAUCGCCUAGUCGCACACUGCCGCCGCAUAGCCCCGCCCCUACCUCCCCAAACGGGCAAACCCUAAACCCACGAUCCCCUCUGUUCGAUCUUCCCAUAAUCCCACCUCGCCGGGCGCCAGCAGCCGAUUCGCCGCCGCCAUGGCCUUGCCGGCGCCGCCGAUACCCGACCCCCAGGCGCUGGGGUCGCUCCCGACCCUCACAGAUGAGCUCUUCGAGGAGAUCUUCCUCCGCCUACCCACCGCGGCCGACGUGGCCCGCGCCUCCGCUGCCUGCGCCUCCUUCCGUCGGAUCAUCACCGCCCGCUCCUUCCUCCGCCGCUUCCGCGCCAUCCACCCGCCGCCACUGCUGGGCUUCGCCGCCUACGAGGGAUUUCACCCCGCGCAGCCGCCCCACCCCUCCGCGCCGCUUGCUCGCGCCUUCGCCGACGCCGCCGACUUCUCCUACUCCUUCGUGCCCCCAGGGAGGUGGCCCACGCCCUGGCGUCCCCGCGACGUUCUCCAGGGCCGCGUCCUCCUGGAGUGCACCCCCGAUUGCGACCCCGGGUUUGAAUACUACGCCACCGUCUUGCUGAGGGAUCUCGACCUCGCGGUGUGUGACCCCUUAUCCCGGCGAUACAGCCUGCUUCCUCGCAUACCCAAAACACUAAGGGGUCAGCACAAGCACCUCAUUGAUUUCGGUCUUUUCUUCGCUCCUACCGGUGAAGAUGAGGACGAGACAUCAUUCAGAGUGGUAUGUGUGGCGUGUAACAAAACUAUGGUGGUUGUGUUUGAAUUUACCUCCAUCACUGGACAAUGGCACAUCCCUGCCUAUCUCAGCUGUAGUUCACUGGGCACUGUCAUGCCCGACAGCCGGUACAGCUGCUCCUGUCAUGAUCAUGAGCAGGGUCGCUUCUACUGGAUGGUGCCUUGGAGGAACAAAUUGCUUGUGCUUGAUGUGUUCAGUAUGGAGAUAUCUAUUGUCAACAACAAUCUGGCUAACUACCGUGUGCAUGACAGCGGGAAGCCUCUCAUUGUACUGGGUAGAGAUAGAACCCCUGAGGUGUUUUUUCUUGCUGAUUGCUUUGGGGAUGGCCCAACCGACAUAAUUCGCAUCACAAAGGAAAAUGGCAGUGCAUCUUCAGAUGCCUGGCAAUUCGAAAAUGUGAUAAUGUCGUCGGAGGACUCUUUGGACAACUCAGCGCACUUGUCGGCAGAAGCUCCAGAUGUUGAAUAUUUGUCACUUGAUGUCAAGACUUCUGAACGUAAGAAGGUCUGUGUGAUGAAGCGGUGCUUCCACACUGUCUUUUCAUACUUUGGCUACCCACCACCAUUGGCAAAACCAACUAUAUAA